AUGCAAAAUCCAGUCCCAGCUCCAGUAGGAAAUCCAGCUGAAAAUCCAAUCCUAGUGCAAAAUGCAAUACUAGCUAAAAAUCCAAUUCCGAUGCAAAACCAAGUCACAGCAUCCAUUUCCGAAGGUGACCUCAUUUCGUUCAAUGAAAAUUCAUCAAUACACCAGCCAAGAGAGUCAGAUGAUAAUAAAGGUAGUGAACCAAGUGAUUCAGAAUAUGAUACAACGUAUGAAGAUUCCAACGUCUAUUUUGAAAAAAUUAUAGAUCCCUAUAUUAAUAGGAUAACAAAAGCCAAAAACUUAAAUGAAGGUGAAGUAUGUGAUUACUAUGCAUUCAUAUCAAAAGGAUACUAUGCUGAAAAUGAGCUUUUAGAUUUCUUUGAAUCAAUUGAAGAAAAGAUUAUUAAUGUUUACAAAAGCGAGUUAGCUUUAAAGGAUGAAUUAAAGCAUGAAACUAUAGAAAUGAUUAAAGAAGAUCAAAUCAAUGCAACUAUAGAAAAAGGAUAUAAUGAAAUUAUAGACCAGAUUGAGAAUGAAGCAAUACAAGAAUCAGGAUGA